UACACACACACACACACCUCAAAGACAUCAGUUAAUGAGUAACUUCCCUCCAACAGUCGCACGCUUGUAUCCCACAGCUCCAGCCCCAGUGAGAGAGAGGGAGAGGGAGGGAGAGGGAGAGGGAGGAGAGAUAGAGGGCUCUGCAGAGACAGGUACAGCUGUUUCUACCGAAACUGGGCAAAAAACAUUCCGACCUAACUUUGUGGACUGGUGCACUGACUUUGCUGGGAUUUGGGAACUGGAGCCUUUGGAAACGGACAGCCAGACCCUAUACCAAGCACCCCCUUCUCCCCGUCUCACCGCAGCUGAAACCUACUGGAUCUCAAGCCCUCCAAACGUAAAGACAGCGUGGAAUACAAUUUGGAGCCAGGAGCUCCUCGCCUCAUUCUCUGCCCCCACGUUGAUCGAUCAGUUUUAUUGAAGGAAGGGAUAUGCUGGGUUCUGUGAAGAUGGAAUCACAUGAGAUCCCCGAGUGGACCAGUUUAUAUUCGGACCCUGGCGAGAUCUACCCGGUGGUGACCAACAUGAAUCCCAGCCUUGGCUCGAUGAACGGAUACAUGGGCAUGAAUUCCAUGGGGUCCGUGGGCAACCUGUCUCCUGCCUCCCUCAACAUGUCCUACACCAACCUCAGCCCGCCCCUCUCGGUGCUGCCCCCCACCAUCGGCCAGCUCGCCAAUGGGCAAUCGUCGGUACAGUGCUCCAUCAGUCCCGGCAUCGGACCGCACGCUGGGCAGACCCCACCCAUCAACUCCAUCUCCUACCAGCCCAUGAACCAGCCCCUGGGCUCCUUGGCCUACUCUCCGGGACUGAGCCGUGGGAAGGAGCCAAAACCCUAUCGGAGGAACUUCAGCCAUGCCAAGCCCCCUUACUCCUACAUCUCCCUGAUCACCAUGGCCAUCCAGCAAGCCCCCAGCAAGAUGCUGACUCUCAACGAGAUCUACCAGUGGAUCAUGGACCUCUUCCCCUACUACAGGGAGAACCAGGAGAACCAGCAGCGCUGGCAGAAUUCCAUCCGCCACUCUCUCUCCUUCAACGACUGCUUCGUCAAAGUGCCCCGCUCCCCGGACAAGCCCGGCAAGGGUUCCUACUGGGCACUGCACCCGGACUCGGGCAACAUGUUCGAGAACGGGUGCUACCUGCGCCGGCAGAAGCGCUUCAAGUGCCAGAAGGAGAAGCUGGCGGCCCGCUCGGGCCUCGACCCCGGUGCCAAGGGGCUGGAGAACGUCCCCGAGGGCAAGGCCCCCAGCCCCGGCUCCGAGGACGCGGAGUCCAGCCGCUCGGACACCUCGCCGGGCUCGGAUGAGCAGAGGACGCUGACCGAGCUGAGGUGCCAGCGGGUGGAUAACCCAAACUCCACUUCCGCCCCCUCCCCCCACUCCAUGGGCCACCCGCUCCUGCCGUCCUCCAUCCAGCACCUGCCCGACCUCCACAGCGAGCUGAAGAUGGACCCUCACUACAGCUUCAACCACCCCUUCUCAAUCACCAACCUGAUGUCCUCCGAGCAGUCCCACAAGAUGGACCUCAAACUCUACGAGCAAACACUACCCUAUAGUAACACGUACAACUCGCUGGUGGGCAAAACCGGCUACGACACGCCGGGGCCCAUCAACGACUCGAGCUCCUACUACCAGGUGAUGUACAACAGGUCUGUUCUCAACACCUCCUAACCACCGAUCCCACAUCAGACGGAAUGAGAACUGCAGACCAGUACCCUGUACGGACUGUCCAAAACAUCUCAACCUCUCCGUGUUCACCGUUCCUGAUGCCACCAUUAGUCAGCCAUCCCCAUCUUGUCUAUAGAAAGAGCCGAGAGCAGCAGUAGCCCACUCGGCCCCUCAAGCCUGUACCUGAAUAUCAUCAUGGUUGCCCUUCCCUUAGCCUCUUCUGCGCCACUUUUCCAUAACUCUCAUAUCCUGACUUUUGCAAAUAUUUAUCUAUCUCCGCCUUAAAUAUAUCUAAUGGCUCAACCUCCGCCACCCCAGAGAUUCCCUCACCUUUGAGAAACAUUUCUAACCCCGUCAGUUUUAAGUGUGCAAUUAAUGUUGGGCAAACAUCCAAUGUCAAGCAUCCUCAUGUCCAUGACUCUCCCAACAAGGAAGACAUCCCAACGUCUACCUCAUCGCCAGCCCCCUUACAGUCUUACAUGCUUGAGUAAGGUCUGCAGAGUUGAUUAGAGGUCAUGGAAUCUUACAGCAUUCACACAGGUUCAUUGACGCCUUGAGUUUACAUGUGGCACGGCUGGUGGAGCCACUACCUCUCAGCGCCAGAGGCCCAGGUUCGAUCCUGGCUACAGAUGUUGUCUGUGACUAUAAGGGUUUCAUCUGGGUGCUCCGGUUUCCUCUCACGCUCCAAGGACCGACAGGUUUAUAGGUCAACUGCCUUUGGUAAGUUGUAAAAUUGUCCCUAGAGUGUAGGAAACUGCGAGUUUGCCUGAUGAUCGCUGGUCGGCACGGACUCGGUGGGCCGAAGGAUCUAGUUCCAUGCUGUAUCUCUAAAGUCCAAAGACGGCUGUGGAGACCAAAUCUUUGGUCUUUUUAAAGGCGGAGAUUGACACAUUUUUGAUUAGUAGAGGUGUCAAAAGUUAUGGGGAGAAGGCAAGAGAGUGGGGUUGAAGGGGAAGAUAGAUCAGCCAGGGUUGAAUGGUGGAGUAGACUUGAUGGGCCGAAUAGCCUAAUUCUGCUCCUAUGACAUGAACUUAUGAACACACCUGAAGGGUUUCUUGCUGAUAAAUCACAGAGGUUUUUGAAUGUUGAUUUUCAGGAGCAUUGCUAUUGUUUGGGGCCCUUGGGUAGGUGCUGAGAUUCAGUUUGACACGCAAUUCCUAUUGAAGUGCCUGUGGCUGGAGAUUUGAGUGCAGUUUGCUUAUCCUUAUCAUUGCAUAUAGUGCAAUACUUCAUUCACAAGCGAAGGAUAACAUUCCCAUUGUCCCCGGAACAAUGUCCCCUGAAACAGUAGGCCCAGAAUCACUCUGAAUCUGUAGAAUUGCAUCCCAAUAAUAGUCAGCAUUCCGGAAAUUGUAUUUUUGUAAUAUUUAACAUACCCAGAACCCGUGUCCCGGCCUCAGUUGGCAGCUCAGGACCGUAUCAUAGCAACGGUCAACGUUCCCGGAAAUGAGCCUCACAGAUAUAUCUCACAACUGAACCUCAGUAUCAGACAGUCUCCCUGGAUCUGUACCCCUAGCAAUUUUCCAUGUGUUUCUCAGCCACAGAAGGCAUUCCCGGAUCUGUACUCAAGGAACAGUCACCAAGUACGGAACUCUAUCCUAAUAUCUGUUGGCAGCAUUGGAACCGGAUCCUGACAACAGACAGCACCUCAGGAACUGUAUCCUGGCAAUAGCUUAGGAACCGUAACCUAGCGACAAUCACCAUCCCUGGAACUGUAUUCUGGUAAUAGUCAGUAUCUUUGGAACUGUAUCUUAGCAACGGCAGCCAUCUUGGAAUCUGUAUCCCCGGCAACAGUCGGCAACCCUGGAACUGUAUCCUGGCAACAGCUGCCAUCUUAGGAACUGUAUCCCCGGCAACAGUCGGCAACCCUGGAACUGUAUCCUGGCAACAGUUGCCAUCUUAGGAACUGUAUCCCUAGCAACAGUCGGAAUCCCUGGAACUGUAACCUGGUAACAGCUGCCAUCUUAGGAACUGUAUCCCAGCAACAGUCACCAACCCUGGAACUGUAACCUGGUAACAGGCCGCACUUUAGAAACUGUAUCCUAGCAACGGCAGCCAUCUUGGGAUCCGCAUCCUAGCAACAGGGAGAUCCUCAGGAACUGUAUCAUGACAACAGUCGGCAUCUCUGGAGCUGAGCGCAGCAACAAGGAUGGACUCCAGGAGAGGCGGAGGUUGGAUGGGAAAUGGAGGGUGGUCGCGGGGGACCCAAUAACAUAUAUAUUUAAAAUGCAUUUCAACUGAGAGAGACUGAGAAGGGACAGGGCCACCAUGUGUUAAAAUGAGUUAUUUUACCUUCUCUGCAGUAUGAAGCAUAGGAUAGUCAGGAUUUUUUUACCUUUUGGUAAUUGGUUUAUGAGGUGAAUGUAGAUAUUGUCCUUUGGCCUAAAUGUGUAAAACAGAUAAAAUUUAAUUUUAUUAAGAAUAUUGUAAAUCGUUACAGAUUGAAGUUGGGUUCUGGAGAUUAGUUGCUGUAUUUAAUGUGCUUUUAGCAAUGUUUUUUCUUUGUAUUUUUAAUGUAUCUUAGAAUAGCUUGUUGAACGUCUUAUUUAAUUACACAUUGAGAGAGAAGGGAAGGAGACCUCAGUGAUAACCUCCCGAGCAACCUCCCUCCGAACAGACUCUACACCGCACGCACUUUAACUGGGGCUAAUGGCACGAGCCUAAAUAUGAAGGCAAAUGUGAUCUGGGGGCAUCCAAACUGGCCUAAUACCACAGGCACUCGUACUGUGCCUUGUACCACAGGCCUGUAACUGGGCCUUGUACCACAGGCACUAUAACUGGGCAUAGUACCGCAGGUCUGUAAUCGGGCCUAGUACCGCAGGCCUAAUGCCACAGGCCUGUAACUGGGCCCAAUGUCACAGACCUAAUGUCACAGGCCUGUAACUGGGCAUGGUACCUACCACAGGUUUGUAACCAAGCCUAGUGCCACUGGCACUGUAACUAGACCUAGUACCACAAGCCUAAAACUGGGCCUAUUGACACAGGCCUCUAACCGGCCUGGUGCCAUAAGCCUGUAAAUGGGCCCACUGUCACAGGCCUGUAACCGGACCUAAGGCCACUGGCACUGUAACUAGACCAAGUUCCACAAACCUAAAGCUGGGCCUAGUGCCACAGGCCUCUAACCGGGCCUUGAGUCAGCGGCUGGUAACCGGACCUAAUGCCACAGGCCUGUAAUCGGGCCUAGCGCCAGAGGCUUAAAAUCAGGCCUAGUGCCAGAGGCUUAUAACUGGGCCUAGUGUCUCAGGCCAAUAAGCAGGCCUGGUGCCACAGGCCUGUAACCGGGCCUAGAAACAGUCCUCAGUGUCCCAUGCACCAGGGACCAGCUGGUUGCAGUCCCGGUACUCUGAGCAGAUACUGUAGUUACCAGAGCAGUAACCGGGCGGUCUGCUUGCUGUUUGGUGAGCUGGCUUCUGCGUAGGUGUUGGUGAUGCCAGCGCAGAGGGAGCGGCAGCAGAUGCAGGCCUCGUGCCCAUUGUCCCCGCGCGGUGCCCAUUCUUUAAGAGGGCCCAGGUUGCUUAAUCCCCCGCUCCUUCCCUGGGUGAGGAUGAAGAAAUGCAUCAGUCGGGAGCUCUCUCAGUCAGACAAUGCUUCCGACCGACUCUUUGUUAAAUUUGUGAUGACAAUUAUAUUAAAAAAAUGAAAUUAUUUUCAG